AUGUUCAUCCUAACCAAAAUCUCAGACUUGGUGCAAAUUGCACCCGAAGACUUUUCAAAGCACAGUAUAGUCGCUAUUGAGGAUAACAUUAAUGCCAAAUAUUCCAACAAGGUCAUUCAAAAGAUCGGACUAUGCAUAUGCCUUUACGACAUUCUCUGGUCCUCAGAAGGCCUAAUAGGUCAUGGAACAGGUCUAGUUAACGUAAAUGUCGAAUUUCGAAUGGUGGUCUUCCGUCCAUUCAAGGGUGAAGUCAUGCUCGGCAGAAUACGUAGUUCAACUCCGGCAGGCAUCAACUUGAGGACGGAUUUCUUUGACGAUAUCUUCAUUCCCUUUGAGGAAUUGCCACAGGGUGCAGAAUAUAACCACAGUGAGCAGCUCUGGAUCUGGAACAUUGAAGGAGACCGGCUGUUUUACGAUAACCACGAAAUGGUCCGGUUUCAGGUCAUUGAUGAGGAGUGGCAUGACCAGACACCAGCGGGACCAACGCAAGCGGAGGAUGCGCCGGCCAAGACUCCAUACAAGAUCAAGGGCAGCAUGGCUCGUGAGGGCUUGGGCGCAUGUCUAUGGUGGGACGGCGCUUAA